AGCCGAGCUUUGGUUAGUUAGUCUGCCUCAGUCAGCCCAGGGACUCGGCCAGACCGGCGGCGGCGGCGGUCUUUCGCUUUUCUCCGAGUGGCCAAGGCUUUCCAGCCAGCAGAACCCUUAGCUGCUUUUCGCCCACUCGCGAGGAAUUAAACCCACGACGCGGCCCAGCCAGCCAGUGAGUGAGUGAGUGCCGAGCUCAGGUGGGCAGACACGCCGACCUCGCACCAGGUGACACACACUCGCAGCCCUCGCACCACCCCUGCAACCACCCCCUGUUCGUGAAAUCUGUGAGAUGAGUAAAAGAUCGUGAGACCGGAUGGAGGUAGUACAGCGGACCGGCGGCGACAGCCCGUUCGGACGGCGGGACGUAGAGGAGUGGUCACGCCUUGACGAGCUCACCGGAAUGCUGGAGCACGCUCGGGUGCAGACGGAUCAAUGGGCUGGAAUAGAUGCCCAAGGUGGCUCGCAUAAAUAUGGAAAAAAGGUGGUUGACGCAAGCAAGACUGGCGAGAAGGGCCAGCACCUGCAAAGGCAACAGCUUGAAGUGUUCCAAUCCAAGGUGGCCGGCGGCGCCCUGCAAAUGGUCAAAAGCCAGACCUCCGCUGCUUGGAGCGCCCACGGCUCCAGGACCACUGGCACCUCGACCACAGUGAGCAGUCGGACGAGAUGGUCUUCGAGGUCCCAGGCGACUGCCGAUGCCACUCUGGAGCAGCCAGCUAUAACGGAUAACUUCGCCAACCUUGAGCUGCAAAUCAACCCCAUUGAUGUGAGCACCCUUAAAAUGAAAGCAAGCGUCGGUCGGAGCGGCGCCAUUGGAAGUAGAAGACCACCUUCUGCAAGGUCAAGACGUCUUAGUGCUUCCAAAAGUGGCAGAGCAGAUAAAGAAACAGACGAAUCAGAGAACAAUCAAGAGGACUCUCUGGAGGCUAACAAAUCGAGAUCCUUGACGUUUGAUGAACUGAAAAACAGUCUGAAACUAGGAGAGCUCCUGGGGCGCCGACUGAGCAAGAGUUCCUCAACAGAUGACCUGCCAAUUGGUGACCCAGGAAGAGAUAGUGAUGACUCGGGCAGCUGGAGACGUGGAGCUAGGGUUCGCCGCUCGCUUCAGUUCAGCACCAAGGAGGACGGUGGCACUUUUGCACCGGUGAUUGCUACCAAAAGGCACAGCUUCGUCACCGUUGAGUCACUGAGGGACGUGCGCAGUCGGCUGAAGCAUUUUGAUCCAAUUGACGUUGACGACUACAGUGGGCCGAAGAGCAUUAUACUCAAGAACGACGAGCAGCAGAUCAACAGCAGCAGUGGUCUCGUGCGAGCCAUCGAGCAGAGCACAAAAAUGGCUUCCUCCACUACCAACUUUGGUAGUGCCUCUGGAAAGACUGACACCGACUGGCACAUAACACCGAUCGAGCCACAGAGUUUGACUGAUAAGAACAGAACAUUCGUCACCCUGAACGAAAACCACUCAAAGGACAUGCUCUCUCCCACCAAAAAGAGGUUCAACGAGUCCUUUGCAUUUUUCCGUAGUAGCAUGGUUUCUGAGAGCCAGUCGCCCACGCUUAGAAAGACGAGUAGUCCCGCACGGCAGAACCUGAUCACCAUUCCUAUUAUUUUCCAGCAAGACUUGUCCGUCAAAGAAGCUGAAAGAAAGAGAUUCUCCUUGCGCGGUAUGAUUGAUGCUGAAAGUUCCACGCAAGAUUCUGAGUCACUUGGUUGGGUCUCCAAACGACAGUUGGAUGGACUGGCACCGUUGAAGAGAAGAAGUUGGGCAGGCGACAGUACCCUGUUUGGUAACCACAGAGAAGACGAUAGAACAACAUCACUGACUUCAACCACCGUUGAAAUGGAAGAAACCUCGCACAGUUUCAGUAACACGCAAGUCAAGAAAAAUAAAAGAGUGGAAUUUUGCAAGACGGAAGUGCACUUUGCCGCCGAGUCAGGAAAAUUUAACAUCGUUGAGACGGACGAGAAGCCACCGCCUUCCAACAACUUCAGGCGAAGACGCCGGUCGCACCCAGUCACCAACACAACGACCGAAAACCCUCCCCAGGUUGCUCAAAAGCCACCCUUGCCGGAAUUACGUUUUGGCGACACGACGUAUGAAAAAGAAAUGCUAACCAUAGGCGUGGAAACCAAAACAAAUCAUUCAGAGAUCACUGAAAAAUUGAACGUGAAAAUUGCCGCUAUUGAAAACAAAUCUGAAUCCGAGGGAAAACAAAUCUUUGCCACUACGAUAAACAGACCGACCGAUCUUGAAAUUCGUCCACGAGCCUCUUCAAUAAAUGAAACCACUGUAAUUUCAAAAUCUAGCGUAGCUCUUCGCUUCCAGCCGCCCACUGAAAUUUCUAAAAGCAGCCCUAACAGCACCUUAGAUUCAAACGCUGGACCGAUGGAGCUGCAAAAAUUAAUUAAAUCAUUGCGACCAACUCCAGUCCAGCGGCGCUCCGUAGAUUUUACACAGAGCUUGCAUAUUACCGAGGAGGAGCCGUUGCAAUUUUCCGUCCCAGAGCGCAUUCGUUAUCUGGAAGAUCGCAAGACAAAGGGAUUUUCAACAACGGUCAACGUCGGUGGGACCACGGUUGUGAGAAACUCCGAGUCGAUUUGGCUGCAAGGAAGCGGAGAGAUGGAGAAUAACGCGGAGGUCGCGAAAGAGAGCGCAGCCAAGGAUAAACUAGUGCACACUGGCACCGCUUUUAAAAUUCCGACCAAGGACAAAACCGCGGCCGAGAACAGGCUUGCGGCGCCGCCGAGCAUAAACUUUGAGCCGAUUUUAAGGGGACACGGCUCGAACGGUGUGCUCAUCUCGCCAUCUCUAAUCAUGCAGAUCGACAAGCUGAAAAAAGACUCGCCGACGACUUUGCUCAAACCCUUCAUGCCCAUCAGCAGCAGCAACAGUACCCCGACCACCCCUGUGAUCAGUCAUUUCACCUCUUUGAGGCAGCUACGGCAGAUGAAUGAGGAAGCGAGCGACGAUGGCGAAGACUGCGACGCCGCCGACCGUGAGGUUUGCUCGCUCAUGAGUCCCAACGAGCCACCGAUGCCACCACCACGACGCAUGAACAAAAACACCUCCACUUCACCCAGUGUUGCGUCCGGCAGCUGGAGUAAAAUGCGAGUGGUUAGACUGAGUCAGAAGUUCCACAAGUUCCAAGGUGUGGGAGAACAGAAUGCGCCGAGCCUUCUCAACGAGACUGUAGCAAUGAAGAACGGAUAUGUGCGUGGCGCGAUCAAUUUGGACGCUUUGAAUGAACCCAGAUCUCUUAUUAAUCGAGACGAGAAGAAGGAUGUGGUGGAAACAAGUUCUAACAGGUCGCCUCCGCAAAUCAGCCCAUCAAAAAUUGUUGCUCCCAUCGCGCCUGCCAACCCACGCAUUUGCAAUGGCAAUGCCGCCGCAAAUUCAGGGUCUAGCAUAACAUCAAUAUCGCUCAGCUACCAAAGCAGCCAGCCAAAAAUUUUGGCUUCGAUCAAUGCCCCUGCGAAACCACUUGCCAAAAAGGAACACGAGCCGACCAAGAUUGUGGCGCCAAUACCCGUCAAAUGCACCAGGCCCAUCAAGUAUCCCAGUGACAACAAUAAAGUUGAGACAAACAAGCCCACUUGCCCGCGCCUGGAGAAAAUGUCAGCUUUCCAGGCCAGCAAGGUUGAGUCCAAGUACUCGUCCUUGAGCAAAAAAGAAGGGUCCCCGGUGCGCCUCGGCGACAUCACGGCGCCCAGAUCACUUUCUCCAGCAAAGAGCAAGUUCUCAACCCGCACGAGUUCUCCAGCAAUGCGCAAGAAAAAGCCAGAGUUUUAUUUCGGAGCAGAGGUUUUGGAAGUGGAGCCACGACCUUCUGAUGACCGGCGUCGUCUCGAUGACUCGGAAGAAGAGGAUGUUGAGAGGCCUGUGAGGAAAAGAGAACCCAGUCCGUCAAAGAGCGUACCGAGUAAGACCGAUUUUGGACAGCGCAGAAGCUCUACUAAAGAGAAAACAAGUACCACGGCUCUUAUUGAAGAGUUGACGAGAGCGGCCGAUGAGAUUUUGCAGGCUGUGAACGGUUAUGACGAUUCGGCACCAUCCAGCGACGAAGACGCACCGCGCCCUGUCACCUUGCUCCCAGCCCUGAAAGAAGGAGAGGUCAACAAUGAGAAAAUCUCUAAAGUUUCCUCUUCCACAACGACAAGAACUACUUGUAGCAGAUUGAGAAAAUCCAAUAUUGGUCGCACAUCGUCAAACUCCUCUGUUGAGAGCACAAGCCACGAAGCCAACACAACCCCUCGGUCAUUGCGGACAAGAAAAACAACCACUAAUGGAACAAGAACGUCUAAAUUGACUGAGCUCAGCACCCCUACGUCUCGGAGGCAACGAGUGCCUAGGAAGAGAUCCGAUUCGUUGAACUCAUCCAAAGGCGACGAGGAGGAAGCUGAAAUAGCCAAGGAGAGGCUUCGCAUGAGUAAAAGCCGCCGAUCGGCUAACUCAACGUCCGUCCAGGAAUCAAGCAAGGUAUCCAAGACGAGUAGUGAAAGUGUCGUCAAAUCUGACCUGAGUAAGGUUCGUGCACCCGUGGAGCGGAUCAUACCCCCUGCCAAUCGAAAGGGCACUGUUCGGGGAAAGAAAGAAGACAUGUUCCACAGCAAUCGCGUGAUAAAUGGUGCAACUGCGGAGAGGCGAUUGCAGUUGCUUGAAAGUAGCUGCUCAGGGAGUGGUUUGAGGUCAGAUUCCAGCCCUGGCAUGAAAAGGUAUCAACAUCGAACUGUCCGCAAUGCUCCGCUCAAAGUCUCAGCAAAAUGACUAGAGCCCAAGUUACUACUGCAUCUCGUGUCCAGCCUUUGCCUGCUGAGCACGUCCCUGGUUGUUUGAUUCAACUGCUGUGCAAUCAAGAUUUUAUCUUAAAUAUAUUUUGUGUCCCCGUUUCUUUUACAUUUUUUCCACUAUCGUACAGUUUAAUAAUUUACUGAGAAUAUAUUUAUUUUAAUUAACUCUCUAUUAGUCCUAAACUCCUUAAUUUUCAUUCCGUGAGCCCUACUUAUUUUGAAUCAACGUUCAAAAAUUAAUAAAGAAAAAAUUAUCGUUCCUUCGCUGUGAAAUUUGUUGUAAUUCGAACAGGACUAAUUAUGUUUAGAAUAUCUGUUAUGUCUUAAAUUUUAAUGUAAUCUUAAAAAAAGGAAUUGGUUUAACAGUUGCCAUACUUUUGGAUAGUAACACGCGAUUUCAGUAACGGUUGCCUGAAAGGGAAACCAAUUUUAACAAAUUGAGUCAAUAAAAAUCUCUUGUCGUAUGAA